UUAUAAACAAUAAUUAUCAUCCUCCACACCAUCUCAGGCGCAUUAGUAAUUAUUAUCAUGUGUUUAAUACAUCGAAUAGCUACAUACAAUAAUCAGUGCAGUGUGUGUCGAUGUUUAUAAGUACAGGAACGCGUAGUUCAUUCGCGAUCAAGUGGGACGAUUUGCUGAUUUAUAAGUCCUCUUUCAGAAUACUGAUUUUGUAGAGCCAUUGCAGAUAUGUUUCCACACUGCCUCAUAGUUCCAUUCUUCUUCCUCGGCCUAAGUUCUGUACACUGCGAAGUGUUCACUGCUCUUGCCGAUCUAGAAGACCUGCUCAGCACCGAAAGUGUCCUCAUAGAGACACUGGAAAACUACAUUAGAGCCGAAGAACAAAAACUAGAUCUACUUAAAAGAUUUGCAGAUAUUUAUCAGAAGCAACAUAACUUGGCUUCGGAAGACGUUCAAUUAUAUGUAUCAAACCCCAUCAACGCAUAUCUGUUGGUCAAAAGACUGACUGCAGAUUGGAAGCAAGUUGAAUCAUUGAUGGGAACAGUAAUCAGCCACGAUUACUUGAUGAACAUUACCUAUUUCAAAGAGACCUUAAAGUUUCCUACUGACGAAGAUCUGAAUGGGGCAGCAGUUGCUCUCACUAGACUGCAGGAUACAUACAGGUUGGAUACUUCGUCAUUAGCAAGAGGAGAACUCAACGGUGUCAAGUACAGCGCUGAAUUAUCAGCGGCAGACUGCUUUGAAUUGGGAAGACAGAGUUACAAUAACGGAGAUUAUUACCACACCCAAUUGUGGAUGAGAGAGGCGGAGGCAAGACUGAAAAGGGAAGCCAAUGAAACGGUGGACCAAAGUGAUAUUUUGGAAUAUUUAGCGUUCUCUACAUAUAAAGAAGGAAAUAUACCUCUUGCCUUAGAUUUAACUAAUAAGCUUCUGGAAAUACUACCAACUCAUACGAGAGCCUUAGGUAACAAAGUUUAUUAUGAAGAGGAGAUUGAAAAAUCUAAGGAAUCCUUCAUACCAAAGAAAGGAGAUGAUGAAUCUGACGAUAUUGAAAAUUAUGGACAUUACGAACCAGACCCUUACGGUAGAGAACAUUACGAAAAUCUGUGCAGGGGCGAAACGCAACUGCCUGCAGAAAUGUCAGCCAAACUGAGAUGCAGAUACGCCAGAAACAACAACCCGUUCUUGUUGAUAGCGCCUUUCAAGCUUGAGGAGAUGCAUCUGAAGCCCGACUUAUACAUGUUCCAUGACGUUAUGUCCGACAGAGAAAUAGAAACGGUGAAGCGAUUGGCCCAGCCAAGGUUACUCAGAGCCACGGUACAAAAUUCGAAAACCGGUGAGCUGGAAAUCGCACAGUACAGAAUCAGCAAAUCAGCUUGGUUGAAAGAGCACGAACACAAACACGUCGCCGAUAUCGCUAGGAGAGUCGAAGAUAUGACGGGAUUGAAUAUGGCGACCGCAGAAGAACUACAAGUUGUCAAUUAUGGAAUAGGAGGGCAUUAUGAGCCUCACUUCGAUUUCGCAAGGAAAGAUGAGAAGAACGCUUUCAAAAGCUUGGGCACCGGAAACAGGAUAGCAACAGUCCUUUUCUAUAUGAGCGACGUAUCGCAGGGGGGUGCUACGGUUUUCCCAGUAGUAGGGGCUGCCCUUUGGCCCAAAAAAGGCGCGGCAGCAUUCUGGUAUAACCUCCAUGCCAGUGGAGAUGGAGACGUGCUGACCAGACAUGCGGCUUGUCCAGUUCUGGCAGGAUCGAAAUGGGUGUCAAAUAAAUGGAUUCACGAAAGGGGGCAAGAAUUCCGCAGGCCAUGUACUCCCGAACGUCCGCCAGAAGAUCUCAUCGCAUGAAAUUUUCAUUAAUUCAUACAUUUUCGACACGAAGACUGUUCCUAAUGUAACUGGAUCAUUAUGUUUUGAAUAAUAAUUAUUGAACUUGUUACCUACUGCAUUCAAUACAUAUCGGAAUGAAUUGAUAUUUUAUUCUACACACAAAGAAAUAUUUAUUAUGAAAACCACUUCAGAUUUUUUUAUAUUGUAACAGUACGUAUACCUAUAUAAUAAUGUACCAUGGUACCAACCAACUAUGUGUAUUUAAUACGUAGCUGAGUAUUUGUAGAUAACAUGAAGUGUAAUAUAAUAUACUAUUCGUUUUUAUGAA